GAUCCACAACCCUUGAGAAAACUAGAUUAACGCGAGUGGUAGAUCCAAAAAUUAGCCAAAAGCUGCGUUUAACAUUGACAAAACUAGAUAACGCCGCGAAGCACAAUAUCCGCAGAUCGGGGAAUGGGGUCAACAUCUUUCGGUAUUCCAGACCAUAGGUUUGGUUCCAAUGGCGAGAAAAUGCCAAUUUUAGGGUUCGGAACGGCAGUCUUGCCACCCGUAGGAGCUGAAGCUACAAAAAUGGCAAUUCUCCAAUCAAUCAAACUUGGUUAUAGGCAUUUUGAUACGGCUGCCAAGUACGGGUCAGAGCAGCCAUUGGGUGAAGCAAUUCAAGAAGCACUUUCGAUUGGAUUAAUCCAAUCCCGAGACGAGCUCUUCAUCACUACUAAGCUAUGGUGCGGCGAUGCUCAUGGAGACCUUGUUGUCCCUGCCCUCAAGAGAAGCUUACAAAAUCUCAAGUUGGAGUACCUGGAUCUCUUUCUGAUUCACUGGCCUGUCAGCUGUAAACCCGGGACUUAUGAAUUCCCAAUAAAGGAGGAAAACUUCCUUCCUAUGGAUUUCAAUUCUGUAUGGGCAGCCAUGGAAGAAUGUCAGCGGCUUAACCUCACAAAAUCCAUUGGUGUCAGCAAUUUUUCCUGCAAAAAGCUGACUGACAUCCUCGCCAUAGCAAACAUCCCUCCCGCUGUUAACCAGGUGGAAAUGAACCCAAUGUGGCAACAGAAGAAGCUAAGAGAGUUUUGCCGAGCUAAUGGGAUCUUUUUGACUGCUUACUCCCCAUUGGGAGCCAAUGGAACCUUUUGGGGCAGCGAUAGAGUGUUGGAGUGUGAGGUGCUUAAAGAAAUUGCCAAGGCCAAAGGGAAAACUGCUGCUCAGGUAUCUCUGAGAUGGAUAUAUGAACAAGGAGUUGGCGUCAUUGUGAAGAGUUUCAACGGUGAGAGAAUGAAGCAAAACCUUGGGAUAUUUGACUGGUCUCUGGAUGAGGAUGAGUUGAAAAAGAUCGAUGAGCUCCCACAAAGCAGAGGUGUCACUGGAGUGGCUUAUACCUCCAAAUAUGGACCCUUUAGAACAGUUGAGGAUAUUUGGGAUGGGGAAAUGUAAUUUGAUCAUAAAUUCUCAGGUAAGAGUUUUUCGGUUCGCCAACAACAAUUGUCACCAAUGCUCAACAGUCGAUUGAAUAAGAUAGACGCCCUUCUUUUUCUUUUA